ACACUAAACCAAUUAUUCAUUCUUUGUGUUUACUUCGAGUUACAUCAAUUAACAGUUAAUUCUUUCCAAUUUUCUCUUUGUUCUUCUUGAAAUUUAUUUCUACGUCUCAACUUUCUCGCAAUCAUCAUGCAAAUUUUCGUGAAAACUUUAACAGGAAAAACUAUCACCCUUGAGGUUGAACCUUCUGAUACUAUUGAAAAUGUUAAAGCCAAAAUCCAAGAUAAAGAAGGUAUCCCACCCGAUCAACAACGUUUGAUCUUCGCUGGUAAACAAUUGGAAGAUGGACGAACUCUUUCGGAUUACAAUAUCCAAAAAGAGUCUACCCUUCACUUGGUCCUCCGACUUCGUGGUGGUAUGCAAAUCUUCGUCAAGACCUUAACUGGAAAAACAAUUACCCUUGAAGUUGAGCCUUCUGACACCAUUGAAAAUGUAAAAGCUAAAAUCCAAGAUAAGGAAGGUAUCCCACCCGACCAACAACGUUUGAUCUUCGCUGGUAAACAACUCGAAGAUGGUCGAACCCUCUCUGACUACAACAUUCAAAAAGAAUCUACUCUUCACUUGGUCCUUCGUCUCCGUGGUGGUAUGCAAAUUUUCGUGAAAACUUUAACUGGUAAAACCAUCACCCUUGAGGUCGAGCCUUCUGACACAAUCGAAAAUGUCAAGGCUAAAAUCCAAGACAAGGAAGGUAUUCCCCCUGACCAACAACGUUUAAUCUUCGCUGGUAAACAACUUGAAGAUGGUCGAACCCUCUCAGACUACAACAUCCAAAAAGAAUCAACUCUUCAUUUGGUCCUCCGUCUUCGUGGUGGUAACUAACCUCAACAUUAUCCAAAAUCUCCUUUUUUGUCAAAGCUACAUGACCUCAUUUAAUUUGUUCCAACAACUUUAAAGAAGAAAAAACAUUUUCAUUUAAUUCAAUGGUUCAUGAUUUAGAAUAAAAGCUAAGGCUCAUUCAACUAUCAA